AUCUUGUUGGCAUGAAUCCUUCGGUUGCUUUAGUUCCUAUAUUUGUGCUGAGAAAAGCUGCAAAUUUGCGCACAUAAUGUGUGCUCUCUUCACCAUGCAGAUAUUCCUCCUUAUAUGCCUAUUUCCACCACCAUCAGCACCACCAUCAGCCCCACCCACCACCAAAUCCAGGUGCCAAUACCGGCACUGACGACAAAUGUUAUUGGGGUUUCAGAUAAGUUAUGAUCCACUUCGAGUGGAAUCGGCAUUUGCAGUGCGUAAGCGUAGACUCCACUGAAAGAUGUGCUAAGCACGCCUUAGUGUAGUCACCACCCUGUCCCCCUACUUUAAGUAUAGCCUCCUGUUUGGUGUGGACUGUCUCAUUCAAGCUCACCAGAGAGAACUCGACAGCUCGGUGCGACCAUGAAAGGCGCUUUUGCUAUCUUCCUGUUCUUCCUCUCGUCUUUCGUCUCAUUCCCUGGAGGUACCAAAGCAGCUCAAGCAAAGGACAAUGGGGUUUACAUUGUCUAUAUGGGAGCGGCUGCUUCGACAAAUGGAUCCUUAAGAUACGAGCACGCACAGCUUCUUAGUUCUUUGAAACGGAAGGGCACCAUAGUGGUACACAGCUAUUCGCGCAGCCUUUCUGGGUUUGCGGCUCACCUAUCAGAAGAGGAGGCACGAUCAAUAGCUCAGAAGCCAGGAGUCAUCUCCGUGUUCAAAGAUCCGCUGCUACCACUCCACACGACUCGUUCGUGGGACUUCUUGAAGUAUCAGAUUGAUCUGGAAAUAGACUCGAGCCCCAGCUCUGACCCGGACUUCUCAACCCAGGAAUAUGAUACUAUCAUUGGCAUCAUGGAUACAGGCAUAUGGCCAGAGUCGAAGAGCUUUGAUGAUAAGGGUUUGGGAGUGAUUCCACCACGGUGGAAGGGAAAAUGCAUGGAAGGGAACGAUUUCCAUCAGUCCAACUGCAACAGAAAGCUGAUUGGAGCUAGAUUUUACGUUGAUCCUGACGAGGUGACAGCAGACCGCUCGCCUAGGGACAUGCAAGGCCAUGGAACCCACGUGGCUUCAACUGCAGGAGGAAGUGCCGUGCCAGAUGCAUCUUUCUAUGGCCUAGCUGCGGGGACCGCAAAGGGCGGGUCCCCUGGGUCAAGAAUUGCCAUCUAUAGAGUGUGCUCCCCGGAGGGAUGCCAGGGGUCUGCCAUACUGGCGGCUUUUGAUGAUGCAAUUUCUGAUGGAGUCGAUGUGGUGUCAGUCUCGCUUGGUGCAUCUGCGAUGUCGAUACCCGAAGUCACAAGCGAUCCAAUUGCAAUAGGAGCGUUCCAUGCAGCAGAGAAUGGGAUUCUUGUGGUCUGCUCAGCAGGGAAUGAUGGGCCUAGCUCAGGAACCGUCGUGAAUGCCGCCCCUUGGAUUAUGACUGUCUCUGCCUCGACCAUCGACAGGGAUUUUGAGUCCGAUGUUGUCUUGGGUGGAAACAAAGUGAUCAAGGGUGAAGGCAUAAAUUUCAGUAACCUCGAUAAACAGCCAGUGCAUCCUUUGAUCUACGCCAAGUCUGCACGACAAAGUGAAGCACUGGAGUCAGAAGCAAGAAACUGCAACCCAAGUUCCAUGGAUGCAACCAAAAUCAAAGGCAAGAUUGUCGUCUGCGAUAAUGAUGACAAUGAAUACUCGAAGGAAAGCAAGUUGGAGGAGGUGAAAGAUCUCGGAGGAGUAGGGCUAAUCUUGGUCGACGAUGAAGAAAGAUCUGUCACAUCUAUAUACGGCACAUUCCCUAUGACGGUGGUUUCUUCAAAAGAUGCCUCGGAGAUCCUCUCCUAUAUGAACUCCAGCAGCAACCCAGUGGCAAGUGUCCUAGCAACGGUUGCAGUUGCGAACUAUAAGCCAGCACCUUCCAUUGCAUACUUUUCAUCUAGAGGCCCUUCAUCCAUCACUAAGGACAUCCUCAAGCCAGAUGUCACUGCACCAGGAGUGGCCAUUCUUGCGGCAUGGAUAGGCAACGACACGGCAGGCACUCCAGGCAAAGCCGCCCCUUCGUUCAAUGUCCUCUCCGGGACUUCCAUGGCGUGCCCACACGUGUCGGGCCUUGCUGCAACCGUCAAGUCUCGAAAUCCCACUUGGGGCCCUUCAGCCAUCAGAUCAGCCAUCAUGACCACAGCCAUCCAAUCAAACAACUUGAGGGGCCCCAUAACUACGCACACAGGCGCGGCUGCCACGCCGUAUGACUAUGGAGCAGGAGAAGUGAGCACGACUCGAUCGUUACAGCCGGGGCUUGUUUACGAGACAAAUACCACGGACUACUUGAACUUCCUCUGCUACUAUGGCUACAACAUCGCGCAGAUCAAACACAUCGCGAGAAAUGUUUCAGACAGUUUCUCUUGUCCCCCAGACUCGAGCCCCGACCUGAUUUCCAACAUCAACUAUCCCUCAAUAGCAAUCUCGGGUCUGGAUGGAAAACGAAGCAAGACCGUUUUCAGGACCCUCACAAAUGUCGCAGGAGAUGAUGCUGCCAUUUACACAGCAAGCAUUGAUUCUCCGGAGGGAUUAAUUGUCAAGGUAGUUCCAAGUAAGCUCAAAUUCGAGAAAACGGGUCAGAAGCAGAGUUACCAGGUCGUUCUCUCUUUGCAAUCAUCGGUAAAAGAAGCUUUGUUCGGGUCCAUUACAUGGACAAAUGGACAAUACAAAGUUCGUAGUCCAAUUGUAGUAAGCAGUAGGAGCGACAAUCUGUAAGUAGAGGAAAAUUGUACUGAGCCAUAAUUUAUUCCAGAUACUGACGUAGAUGGAGUACCUGGAUGAGAAGUUCAAGUCCAGAAAAUAACCAUGAAUUAGAGAGGAAUCGAAGGAUCAAUAACAAAAUCGAAGAAACUUCAGGCCGUUCCAUUUUCAUCUGCCAA